AUUUAGUCCUUAAAGCGAAGAAUAAAUCGUCUGUAGCAGCGAAUAAAACUUUUCUAGUUCCGAUUGUGCCGUUCGCGCGAACAGCGACGGGACGUUGGGACGCGUCAGUCGCUCCCGUGACGUCGUUGAGGGACGCUCGCAUCUGCUUGGGUAAACUCCCGCCAAAAUUACGCGACUCCGGUAAUUUACGAUAAAAUUACGCGAUACCGGUAAUUCACUACACAAACUGCGCUUCGGUUGGUGAGGUGUUAAUUUAUUUAACUAUGGCUAUGAACAAGGUUGCUUGUUAACUCUAACGUGGUGUCAGUCAAUGUAUAAGUGUAAUUCUUAGUUUUUAAUCUGUGUUUAUAAAAAUAAAUAAUAUUUAAGUUACAAGGAUUUAUCAGAAUAUCCCCUUAAUGCAUGCAGUGUAAAAACGAUUAAUGCCAAUACUGGAAAAAAAAUUGUGGACUGGACAAAAGGUGUUUAUGAAGAAAAGGGUUUUGGAAUUGUAAGUGAGUGUGACAGUGACUAAAAUAUGAACGUAUGUGCUUUAUGAAAUAAAAUUGUAAACUAAAAUAUAAUGUAUAAUUAUAUCGAGUGUGUGUGGCGCCGGCUAGUUCUGAGAUGAACAGAUUUGACAGUACGACAAGGGACAAGGAAGAUGAAAAUGCGAGGGGAAAUUGUACGAAACAAACAAAAAUUCUUGAAUUGGACCUGGAUUAUCUGGAGCGUGGGGGAGGCGGUACCAUGACAGUGGGGGCGCCCAGUGUGGAGCCCAGCCCGGACAGCUUGGACCUCAUCAAAGUGGUACUGCUCGGCGCUCCGGCAGUGGGAAAAACUAGUAUCAUACAGCAAUUUGUCUGGAGCGACUUCUCCGAGGAGUACAUACCGACGGACAAGAAACACACGUUCUAUCCUUCGGUGAUCAUCAACGAGCACCUCUACGAAGUCAAGAUCACUGACGUGCCAGUCAUCCCUUAUUUCCCCAUCAACUCAUACUACGAGUGGGCUCACUACCGCUUCUAUGGAUUGAGGAACGCCACUGCAUACAUCCUAGUCUUCGAUCUGUCGAACGUGGAGACCUUCCAAUACAUCCGCACUCUCAGAGACCAAAUGGUUGAGAGUAGAGACAUGAGGAAUGUUCCCGUUCUUGUGGUUGGGAAUAAGCAAGACUUGUUGUGCAGUAACACGCCGUCCGCCGCAAGCGGUCUGCAGCAGCUAGCCAUAGCUGAAAGUGCUUGUGGGGACUCUAGAGAAAAACGACGGAAUAUAGUAAAUCUUGUGCGCAAGCAUUGGAAGUGUGGCUACGUGGAGUGCUCGGCUAAAUAUAACUGGAGGGUAAUAGCAGUGUUUAAAGAGUUGAUGGAGAUGAUUGAUGCUCUGGAGUGGAGCGGUGGGGGAAGGAGUUCCGAGCCCCCUCCUGACUCCUCAGCGGGAGGCGCGUCCGAAAACAGAUGCACCGUUACUUAGCACCAUUGUAAGACUUAUAAGGAACGCCUGAAGCUAGAAUGGAAAAGGUUUUGUUAAGAUUGGACAAUGUUUUAGCAUACGUGAGAAACGCACACUAGAUUAGUGUUAUCGAUGUCAAAAUAAAGUUGUUGUAAUAGGUUCUAUGUGAGAAUUUAUCAGAGUCACUCUAUUCCAAUAAACAUAAACUCUCAUGUUUGAGGUUCAGACACGCGUUAUGUUUUUCUCUCAUUUUGAAUAUUUGCUCUUCGUGUAUCAAUAUUUACCAUAACUUCCGUUUUAACAUCCAUUCCGCAUUUAUCAAAACAAACAAAAUACUUAUACCAUCU